ACAAGGGAAGCAAUGACGUUUGUUGUAUGCGUCAUCAUUUGUUUACGCUCAGUUCUGAGCAUUUAAUUGAAGCUAGUAUCUAGCUGUGUAGAACAAAUGGUGUGAAUCAUUCAGUUUAUGCACGAAUUGUUUGCUUAUAAGUUUCAUGGAACAGCAGGAAAACGAAGCAUGACAAGUUACUUCAAAACAACCAACAUUUUCAACCAUUGGAGCCAACAGAGCGUGAUCUACUGAUUGCGCAUUCAAAGGAAUAUCUAAGCAGCUUAAAGUGGAGCGCCAAUGUGGCGAGAAUAACUGAAGUCCCACCUGUGGCUUUGCUUCCAAACUUCAUUGUGCAACGAAAAGUGCUUCUUCCCCUUCGUCUACAAACUGGUGGCAGUGUCCUUGCUGGGAAACUUGCAAUAGAAAGAGGGUGGGCAAUCAACAUUGGUGGAGGGUUCCACCAUUGCUCUGGUGACCGGGGUGGCGGCUUCUGUGCCUAUGCAGACAUCACUUUAUUAAUAAAGUUUGUUUUUGCGAAAUUUGAUGCCAUCAAGCGAGUUAUGGUGGUUGACCUAGACGCACACCAGGGAAAUGGUUACGCCCGAGAUUUCAUGUUCGACGAUCGUGUGUUUGUAAUGGAUGUUUAUAAUCGCAAUAUCUAUCCUCAUGACGGUUAUGCUAAGCGAGGAAUUAAAAGGAAAGUCGAACUUACAAGUGGAGUUGAUGAUCAGACCUAUCUCCCUCUUGUAAAAUCCCAUUUAACCGAAUCUAUCGGUGAAUUUAAUCCACAACUCAUUGUGUACAAUGCAGGGACUGAUAUUUUGCAAGGAGACCAACUCGGACGUCUUAAUAUAUCAGCAGAGGGUAUUGUGAAACGUGAUGAGAUAGUAUUUGCAUUAGCCAAAGGAAGAGGAAUUCCCAUAGUAAUGCUUACUUCAGGAGGAUACCAACGAACAACAGCAAGGAUAAUCGCAAACUCAAUCUUAUCAUUAAGAAAUAAUGGUCUGAUUGAUCUGUGAUACAUUGCAAAGCUACAUUGUAAUGUAAUCUAUAUGGCUAAGGUCCUUGUCGGAUAUCUGAGAUUUAGGGCAUCUUUAGCUCAUUACCCCAACACCCAGGUUGUUUAUGUAUGUUGGUCAUGCAACGAGUGUUAUUGCAUUCUGGACUCCAUCUUAAACAGUUUUCCAUACAACAACUUUUUCAUAGUCAGCACCAUUUUUGACAAGCACAGCAUGACUCCUGUUGUUAAGGCAUUUUAAAUUUGCCAUAUUGCUUGUCACAGUUUUGAUGUGCUAAGAUGCAUUUGAAAAUCCAUUCAUAUAUGCUAUGCACUCCACUGUACUUAUUUAUUUCUCUUUCUCUCAGUUCCACUUUAUUUUAUCUACAUGAAAAACCUAUUAAGACUGUUUUGUUUAUCUUAUUUAUGUAGUAGCACUUAGUGAUGAUGCUUGUGUAGUAUUGCACAGUGUGCAAUAUAGUGGUUUAUAAUUGAUUAACUUCUCAGAUUCAGUUUUAAUUUUAACUGGUAAAUGAAACUGGUAAUUAAAAUCUUAACUGACAAUUUUGAAAUAGUUUUUAAACUGCAAAAAACAUAAUUUGAAAUAAGUAACUGUACUGGUAAAACUUCUUGUUAUAUAAAAUCCUAACUGAUAUUUUUGACCUAUACUGCAAAAACAAACAACCGUGUUUUUAUAUGAAAUUAGUAACUUGACCGGUAAAACUUCUUCUUUUUGUUUCGUGUCUUACUUUAUAUUUAUAUCUUGAUUUUGUUGUUUAAAUUACAUCUCUUCAACACUUA